UUCGCGAGUUAGUCCCUAACAAUGUUAUACCUUCUAGGACCCCCCACAUUGUUUUAAAUAAUUUUUAAGUAUUAGAUAUAAACUAAAUGGUUUUACUAAAAAUUUAACUCAAGUGUUUAACAUUUUUACAUAAUCAUUUUUUUUAGUUUGCCUUUUCGUUGCGCAGGAAUCAACACGCAGCCGCUGCGUCAAGAGAAGAGGAGGUUAAUUUGAAAACAUUUCUCUGCGUGUUUCCCUUUUAGGUUAUUAAAUAUUUAAAUGUUCAUGUUUCAAAACACCGAGAGCUUUUUAUGAUUAGAUUUUUUUAAACUUAAUACAAGUUAACUGUAAAAGAUGGCUACAGUAGAGAUGAUCACUGCUGGCUGUAAGGGAGAUCAGGAGGAGACGACCUCUUCAAAGGAGAACACCCCCUCCGUUUUAAGUGAAUCCAAUGUGAACUUUUCAGAGCUCACCCCUCUACAGUUUGGCAUCUCUGUGGAGAGUUUUACCCCAGCCUCCUCGUCCCAACGGCGAGAUAAAUCUCGUCUCGCUCACUUAAAAGCCAGACGUAGAUCCAGCGUUGGUGUCCGGGGCUCACCAGAGACCAACUCUCUGAUCCGUUUCAUGGCUCAACAGAAGAUGAAGACUCCACCAACUACACAGACUCCAGAGAUUGUUCGUAGCAGCCCCUUCGUCCCCCGCGUGGCCUCCACUCUGAAGGAGAAGAUGGCCUCCUUCCAGAGUCUGAUGGAUGUGGUGGAGCGGGAGGCCUGCGGUGCGAUGCCAGAGCUGGACGGCGGCACUGGAGGAUGCAGGACUCCUCUCUCUGAGAGGAUUAACCUUAAUGAAGGGAAGGAGAACAACCCCCCAGCAGCACCUACAUCCAGCAAGAGGAGGCGCCUGGACUCUGUAGAGAUCUGCAGCCUGGAGAUUAGCGAGGCGUCUGGAGUUCUGCCUGCCUCCAGUCUGAAGGAGGAGGAGAGGGCCGAGUGUCGGGUCCAAAGCCCCGCCCCGCCCCCCUCUGCCGACCCUGCGGCUGCUUCAUCAUCACAGCGGCCGGCGCCCUUCCUCUUCUGCUCUCUGCCUUUGUUGCUGGAUCCUAAAGCUCCAGAGGAAGAAGCCCCCCCUGUGGUGAAGGUGAAGAAGCAGGUGCGUUUCGGCGGUCCUCUCUCACCCGAGUUCUUUGACAAGAACUUGCCCCCGAGCACCCCGCUGCAAAAAGGUGGAACUCCAGCGAGGGCACCCACUCCCGGCGGGGACCUGCUGCUGCGCUCUGUGCUAAAGACCCCCCAAAGCUGUGAAGCGAGGACAGCAGCGGGUCAGCGGGACCAACUUAGCCCGUCCGAGUUUGAAGCUUCCCCCGCACUCGUCUCAUCCGGCAGACACAGAAUAAAACCUGAAGGACACAAUGGAGAAGACAACCACACUAAGAUCGCCUUUCCUCUGUUGGAUGAGACAGACUCUGCACUAACGAGCGAUACAGACAAUGUUUUUGACCCCCAGCCUCUGAACUUGGACACAGCUUUCCAUGAAGAGCACCUGUCUCACAGUCUGCCAGAUGUAAAUUUCGGAUCUAGCACAUCAUGUCAAGUGGAUGAAGUUCUUGUAGAAAAUCAGCAGCAAAAGGAGGGUGCUGAAGAUUCAGUUUCUGCUGAAUGCAAUGACACACAGACGGCCACAGAGCUGAAAGCCACCAGUGAGGCUCCACGCUCCAGAAGGAAGAGAAAGCAGCCAGACGAGAGCGAACCUGUGAAGAGGUCAACGCGCUCCGCUGCCAAGUCUGCCUGUGGGAGGCUGAAGGUGACCUCCACCCGCAAGUGGAACAAAGGUGUGGACCGCUCCCUGUACGGCUCCCGUGCGUACGCCUCCAAGAAUCCCACUCUGAGUCCCAUCAGGGAGAGAUUAUCCUUGAGCGGCAGACCUCCAGCUGUGAGCUGCUCCGAGACGCCUGUCAGGCCUGAGAUCGCAGACGCCGCAGUGGUGAGGGAUGUGGCUGUGGAGAACCCUCCAGCCGACGUCAGCCGGCUGAGAGGUAGAAGAGGAGCGAAGAUGAGGAAGGUCAGUGUUCCUGACAGCCAGGAGCCUCAGGACUUUGAAGAUCAAACCGCCGCCGUCCCCCAGGGUUCAAGGGGACUUCCGUCACAGCUGCCUGAAGCCAGAACGCCAGACGCUGACAGUGAAGAUCUCUGCUCCCAGAGCUCUGCUGACACCUCUGAGAAAUCACAUGAAACUUUGAGCCCCGCUCCAGCGGAAAAACCCGACGAGCUUCCAGACUGCACGGAGGAGCUCACCAGCACAGACGAGGCGGUUGGUGAAGCUGGUGAGGGCCCCCCCAUCAGCUCGGGCGUUCAGGAGGAGGUGGGGGGCGAUGCCGACCUCGCUCCCUGGCAGGCGGACUUCAACUUCGAGGAUGUCUUCAAACCUGUAACCACUAGAGGGCAGCGCUCCGUCCGCAGAAGCCUGAGGAACCAAAGCAACGUGGAGCAUGGCGCUGGGGAGGCGGGGCUCGCCUGGGUGCCUCACACCUCUCCGGAAUCUAUCAGGGAGACCCGCAGGAAGACCGGCGGGCGCCGACGCAGCGCUGCCCCGCCUGUCCAACCUGCCCUCCCAGAGGAGGACUGCACCCUGACCUAAUGUGAAUCAACAAACUGAGCAGUCAUUCUGACGGGAUUCUAACCACUGACUUUAGAAGCAAAUCAAUACCCCCACCCACCUUCAUCACAAUGCAUCCUCAGCCUCUCCAAAGAGACUGGAUCAGACCUCUUUACGUCGAUACCUGCUCCUCCGGCUGUCUGCUGCAGGGCUUAACGCCCCCACAAAGCGUCUGCAUCUUUUUAACCGCCUUUUCUUUUCAAGGAAAUGUCAAAAUGCAGAUUUUUAGCUCCUUUUAAUUGGAAAAAAAAGUUACUUGUUCUUUUAUCCAGAUGUUCUAAUGAAUGAAGCAGCGUUGAAGCGGCGCUCACUUCAUCUCACGUCUGACAGACUUCUCCUCACGAUGAUUUGUUUUAUUUCUUAACCUUUAUGGAACAAACUGCCCCAUAAGUGAUUGAUCGGAUCUACAUUUGGGACGCCUCCAAGUGCCUGGAAGUGAAUUGACUCCUAACCCCCCCCCACCCCUACUUUCCGACCGUUAUGGAUUCAGAUCCGCCGCUCUUUACUUUCUCCAUCCAUCAGUCAGGAGGAGAACAGAGGGGAGCAGUAACAAACUGAGUUUCAGAUUCACUCCACAUUGGAAAAUUGGCUCCUGGAAUGAUGCAUGGCGGUGAUCUAUCCUUCAGUGGGUAAUGGACUGCCUCCCUUUACGUCACGUCAGUCACUUGGCUGAAGGACGCCGGAGGUUUCUGCUUUGCCAAGAUCUUCCCCUCCUCUCUUGCUGGAAGACGAACAGCAGAUCCUGAUUCUGGGUUAGAUUGGUGGGGCCACACUGCCAUCUUGUGGCAGCUUGACAGAAUUUCAUGUAACAAAGUUCCUCCAACUUUAUCUAAGUUGAUUAAGGAGAAUAAAACACUGGUUUCCUUUACUUUUUAGUUUUAUUUCUGAGUUCAUUUAAUUGGUUAAUAAAAAAAAUAAAUUCUCCUCCCCUCCCCCCCUCUCUCAUUUAACACUUGUACCCUCCUUCAUUGUUGUGGGUGUGGGGUGUCUUGUCCCCCCCCAGCAGACGGGCAUGGUGAAGACGGCUUAACCCACGAACAAUGGGGUCCUUUGACCAGCCCCCCUCCCCCUUCCAAAAGACAUGCGGCCUCCUGUCACCGUGGCAACCCCACCAAUUGGGACCGAGAGCGGGGUGACAGCUGGAGGGGAGGACUUGCCCAAAAAAAAAAAA